AUGGACGAUAUUGAAGCACAGAAGCAGAUUCAGCAGAUGAUCAACUUCAUCUUAAAUGAGGCCAAGGACAAGGCAAAUGAAAUUGAAGCAAAAGCUUUACAGGAUUUUAAUAUUGAAAAGUUAAAAUUGGUGCAGAACUAUAAGGAGCAAAUUCGUCAGGAUCUUAAGAAAAAGGUAAAAAGAUUAGAGAUAGAAAGAGCAAUUGCUAGAAGCACUGCAGUUAAUAAAGCCAGACUUAAGAAGAUGGCAGCCAGAGCACAAGUUUUGACUGAGGUAGUUCAACAAACUAGGAAAAAGAUGUGCGAGAUUUCUACCAACCCAACAGCCUACGAACCAAUUUUAGUAGAUUUACUCACUCAGGCAAUGUUGAAGCUUUUGGAGCCUGUUGUUGUUGUUAAAUGUAGAAAGUCAGAUGUUUCUAUUGUAGAAAGUGCCAUUCCAAAGGCAAUCAAAAAAUAUAAGGAUAUUUUACAUAAGGAGUGCGGUGUCUCAAUGAAUAUUGAGGCUACUGUGGACAAGGAAAACUUCUUAUUCCCUGCUCCCACCAGUGUUGAGCAGAAUUCUAAGUUCUGCUCUGGUGGAAUUAUGGUUACUAAUUUGGAUGGAAAAAUUGUAUGCAACAAUACUCUAGACGCAAGACUAGAUUUGGUCAUUCAAAAUGAUGCUCCAAUCAUAAGAUCUACUCUUUUCCCAAAAGCUGCUUAA